UCUUCCCCCGGCACCCGCAGGCCGCCGCCGCCAUCCCCCACACCGCUAGUCCGCCGCAAGCCGUCGCGAACUCGCGUGUCGCUCGCUCCCGACCGCGCCGCAUAAUGAGGUCGCUGCGAGCGGCGCAGACCCUAGCUUUCCGCUCCCUCCUCUCCGCUCGCGCGCUCCACGGCGCCGCCUCCCCAGCGGCGGCCGCCGCUGCGGGCGCGCGGUGGAGCGCUCCGCUGGUGCCGCCGCCCCGUUCGCCGCCUCCGUCCUCGAGGGCGGUGCCGGCCGGGGUCGCUGGCGCCGUGUCCUUCUCCCUUACCUUCGCUACUGUAGCGGCGGCGGAGGCGAAGGCGAAGGAGCGCCCGCCUGCGGAUCUGUUGCCGCAGAAUGUAGUGCUAUACCAGUACCAGGCGUGCCCCUUCUGCAACAAGGUCAGAGCCUUUUUAGACUAUCAUGAUAUACCAUACAAGGUUGUGGAAGUUAAUCCAUUGAGCAAAAAGGAAAUCAAGUGGUCUGAUUACAAGAAAGUCCCGAUAUUGACAGUAGAUGGUGAACAGCUUGUGGAUUCAUCAGGUCACAGUUUUUUUCUCUUUUGUCCCUUUUGCAUAGUCGUAAUUGCAAACCCCAUGUUCUUUUUUCCAUAUGGGCUAAACAAUGUAUUCCUUUUGCAUUUUUGUGAUCUUUUAUUGGCAGAUAUAAUUAAUAUACUACAGGGCAGGAUCAGACCUGAUGAUGAACUCACUAAUGAAGAUGAAGCAAAAUGGCGAAGGUGGGUUGAUGAGCACCUUGUGCAUGUCUUGUCUCCUAACAUAUAUCGGACAACUUCAGAAGCUCUAGAAUCUUUUGACUACAUUGCAAAACAUGGUAAUUUCAGUUUUACGGAGAGGUUUGCUGUGAAGUAUGCUGGUGCUGCUGCCAUGUACAUGGUGUCAAAGAAGCUAAAGAAGAAAUACAAUAUAACUGAUGAGCGUGCUUCAUUGUAUGAUGCUGCCAACACAUGGGUUGAAGCCCUGAAUGGAAGAGAUUUCCUGGGUGGUUCCAAGCCUAACUUGGCAGACCUUGCUGUCUUCGGUGUUCUGAGACCUAUUCGGUACUUGAGAGCAGGAAAGGAUAUGGUUGAGAAUACUCAAAUCGGUGAGUGGUACCAGCGCAUGGAAGAUGCAGUUGGAGAACCAUCAAGAAUCGAGGAGUAGAAGGAAACUAUAAUUUUGACAUCAGAAUAUAUCCUUAGACACCAAACUAUUCAAAUUUUUGCCCGUGUAUGAAAUAAUGCUCUGCCAUAUACAAAGCACGAAGAGUGUUUUGACUUGGAAACAUCGCAGUGGUCGUUUGUGCUCUGACAAUGUGCUCCAACUUUGAAUACCACGGAGGAACUGAGUGUUUGACCUGGAAAA